UCAAGAAACGAGUCCUGAAAUCGAGGGUGCUGUUAGUCCUCCAGCCGGUAAGAGGCGCUGUCUCAAACAAAAGCCAGGGUCCUGAGAGUGUUGUUGCGUCUUCGGCCGGGCCUACAGGUUCGUGUUACUGGUUCAGUUUUGAUCAUAGACUUAAUAUAUUUUGAUCCGUAACGUUCACCGACGACGUUAACAAGUGAGAGAGGAGUUUCAGUGGAACUCAGAGAGUUCACGUGAGGACACAAACAAACGUGUCAGGUGACCCCGAAGACAAGCACGCGGCUCUUCCGGAUCUCGUAUGCUAGCUGGGGGAGCGGUUCGCGAAGAGGUGUUUUGGCACGUGAACUGACGAUGUCCAGGUGGAAUCAGAAGCCAGAAAACCCGCGUACGUGGAGCUUGAAGGAGCGCUGUCUGCGGGCCACGGCGCUUUCUUUUCCCGCGCUGAGAAACGCAGCUGUUCUCGAUCUUCCCACAGAUCUUCUUCAAGAUCUUCUUCUUCACCUAAACGUCUGCCAGCUGAAUGAUAUCCAGGCCUCCCUUAACCACAGAGGUAUCUCCACUUACUCGGCAUGGUUUGCGAUUCUGAUAGAAAUGAAUAGCUUCAACCAUGCGGUGGACUUCACCUCCGUGGAGACAGUCAGGCAUGAAGUCAUGAGGUUACUUUUCCAGAGGGUUUUUUAUUCUGUGGACCGCGGCCUCCCCCGCGCCGCCUCAAAUGUGGACCCCUCGCUGCUCCUUCAAGCUUCAGCAAUGUCUGCGGACUAUUUGAUACUUGGAAAUGGCUGCAAAGACUUUGAGCGGCGGAUUUCUGAGUGGCGCCCCCUCCUGAAGAUACUUGAGGAGCGCGUCAAAAGGGUCUGCAUCUCAGAACCCACGUGGCGGUCAGAAACGAUCACCACAUGGUGCGUCAUCCACCGCCUGCUGGACCACGGCGUUGCAACAGAGCUGGUCUUUCAUUCCCCUUGUCCCACCAUACUGGCCAGACUCCUCCAACGGAGGGGGUCCCACCAACCUGAGCAGGAUGGGGAGCUGCAGAGUCCAUGUCUUCAGGGUGGAUGUUCCGAGAGUCAGUGUGGAAACGCUCCUCCUUGCAAACGGGAAAAAAUGGAGACUGUGAGCAUGGAAGGGAGUUCCUGUGGAGGUCCAACCCUUCCUUUGGUGCCUAGGUUUCUCUGCAGGAGGUUUUCUCAGGUGGACUCCCCUGUCAAGGAGGCCUGUCCUCGUGGUAGGAUCCACUAUCUGGAGGUCCGACAUUGUAAACCCGAGUCUUUCAAGAUCCUGACCUCAGUCCUCCCCACUUUCUCCAGCCUUCGUUCUCUGACCCUCUACAGUAUCACAUCGUUCAGUAAGAAGGACGUGUUGGACUUGGCCUCAGCACUGCGCCGGCGAUGUUGUGCUUCACCAAUUACUCACCUGAAUGUAGGUGCACUUCCUGAAGCUAAACUCAUAGCAGUCCUGCUGGAAUCCAGCCCCUCCCUGAAGUCGCUGCACGUGGACAUCCAAGCUGUGGUCCAAAGUUUGCCCAGUUCUCCAGCUCCUCUCAGGACUCCUGAGCCACAGCUGCCAGCGGAGCUUCCUCUGGAGGAGCUGACGGUCCAGGUGAGCGAGCUGAGCUCAGACCUAAGUGUUUUGAUGUCGGUGCUUAGGCGUUCGCCACACCUCACCUCAUUGAGUGUGGCUGGGAUCAGGCUGCCCCCUCCCCUCCGUCUGGACCAGCUGCUCUCCACCUUGACAGAGUGUAACCGCCGCCUGAGGAAGCUCCACCUGAAGGAUCUGAAGUUGUUCGACUGUCUGCCUGAAGUCCUGAAGCUGCUGAGGAGCUGCAGCCUGGAGGAGCUCGACCUAAUCGACUGCAGACUUUUGGAGAGAAGCAAAGACAAAGACUAUAGUCUUCAGAUGCUGGUGGACACUCUGAAGACACUGCCGUCACUGCACACGCUCAGACUGACUCGGAACCGGCUAGCUGGAUCGGUGCACGCCCUGGCAGAACUGUUUUCCGGACCCAGGCCAAGCUCUCUGAAGCGACUUGACAUCAGCUUCAACUUUAUCCAGGCUGCUGAUUUGAUGGAGUUUGCAGACCGACUCGAGGCAUUUCAUUCUCCCCCUGGACUUAUCCUGGAUCUCAGGAGAAACCCAGUACACUUUGACCGUGACACCUGGGAAGCAGCUACACUAAAGCUCCGCCCACUCACACUCCUGCAGGAAGAAGGCUGGAGCCCCAGGCUUAUGAUGGCGGAUCAUGUGAGCAACAUGUGAGCAAAGGGAGAACUGGAAAUGAGGUCUGGGUAAUCUUUAUCUGAUCUCAUCAUCUGACUGAAAAUCAACGAGCCCAUGCGAGUCUGAUGUUUGAAUCUUUUAUUAAAGCAGUCUCUCCUCACCUGAGGAUGGUUCUCUCAGCACGGUCCAGUACAGAAACAACCAGAAAUGAGCUGAAACUGACCUAAAGCUGAAACGUGCUUCCAUCAUAGGCAGGACUUGGAAUCCUUUACGGUUUUGUUAGUUUAGCUUGAAGCUGUGAAGGAGCUGCCAGCUUCACUGUCUGCUCCACAACCUUCGGAUGACACGGGAACACAGACAUUAGCGCACACAUGAGAGCGUGCACGGACAUGAGACUCAGACUCACAACGGUCCGGCCGCUGAGGCUCCUCCUUCUGCAGCGACGUGAAGACAUGAGAACAUAGGAAGGAAGUGAACAGGUGUGAGCCCUGCAGUGUAGACGGUCCAGCAGGUGAUCUGCAGAGGAAACCUGAACCCGACCUUCAGAGGAGCAGAAGUGAAACUGAGCGAGGAGUGAGUUCACACAAACAUGCUGCUCCCUCUUCUGGCAGCAGUGUGAAAGUCUGAAGAUUUAAAAGAAGUUUAAAUCUUAGUGUGUUCAGGAGACCGUAACAGUUUUCUGCCCCCUGCUGGAGGCUUUUAACCUUAAUCUGGCUCAGACUUUCUGCUUCUGUUGUGAAACAAAAACAUUAAUGCUGAACAUGUGACAGAGUCCUCUGAAGACUUCAGCACACCUGAACUUUCAAUAAAACCUGGUCACUCACA